CUCUGUCUCUCUCUGUCUCUCUCUCUCUGUCUCUCUCCCCCUCCCUCCCUGUCUCUCUCUCUCUCUCUCUCUGUCUCUCUCUCGCUCUCGCUCUCUCUGUCUCUCUCUCGCUCUCGCUCUCGCUCUCUCUGUCUCGCUCUCUCUCUCUCGCUCUCUCUCUGCUCGUUCUCCAUAGUGUCUGCAGCAGUGGUCAGGUGUAGGGUUAGUAUACGGGUGUGUGUGAAGCAUUUGGUCAGGUUUGGGGUUAGGUGUGUGUAGCCGAGGUCAGUAAGUUAGUGUGUGUGUUAAGUGUGUGUGUGUGGUCAGUGAUGGCGUCCAACUCCACGACCCAGUUCUUUGCUCUGUCCCAGUCCUUCAGUAUCUCUGACAUCAUCAUCAUCGCUGCUUACUUCCUGCUCAACGUAGCCGUCGGCAUCUGGUCGUCCUGCAGGGUCAGCAGGAAUACUCUGAGUGGAUACUUCUUGGCUGGGAGGGACAUGGCCUGGUGGCCGAUCGGAGCGUCUCUGUUUGCCAGCAGCGAGGGCUCUGGUCUGUUCAUCGGUCUGGCUGGAACUGGUGCCGCUGGAGGAAUCGCUGUAGCUGGCUUCGAGUGGAACGCCACCUAUGUGUUGCUGGCAUUGGCUUGGGUGUUUGUACCUGUCUAUGUGUCUUCAGGGAUCGUCACCAUGCCGGAGUACCUGGGUCGUCGGUUCGGAGGAGAGAGGAUUAGAACGUACCUGUCUGUUCUCUCUCUGAUGCUGUCUGUCUUCACCAAGAUAUCAACAGACCUGUAUUCAGGGGCGUUGUUUGUCCAGGUGUGUUUAGGAUGGAACCUGUACCUUUCUACUGUUCUGAUGCUGGUGGUCACUGCCCUCUACACUAUAGCAGGUGGUCUGGCUGCUGUCAUCUAUACAGACACUCUGCAGACCUUCGUCAUGAUUAUAGGAGCGAUCAUCCUCACCAUCACAGCCUUCAACAAGAUUGGAGGCUACAGUAACUUGGAGAGAGUUUACCAGGCAGCCAUCCCUUCUAAGAUCAUCCCCAACAGUAGCUGCCACCUGCCCAGAGAAGACGCCAUGCACCUGUUCAGACACCCAGUUUCUGGGGAUCUGCCCUGGCCUGGCAUGACCCUGGGCCUCACUAUACUGGCUACCUGGUACUGGUGUACCGACCAGGUGAUCGUGCAGAGGUCCCUGUCAGCUAAGAACCUGUCUCACGCUAAAGGAGCUUCUAUCCUGGCGUCCUACCUCAAGAUGUUACCCUUCAUAUUCAUCAUCCUACCAGGCAUGAUCAGCAGAGCUCUGUACCCAGACUCGGUGGGCUGUGUGGACCCAGAGGAGUGUCUGAGCGUGUGCGGAGCGGAGGUGGGCUGCUCCAACAUCGCCUUCCCCAAACUGGUAAUCGAACUCAUGCCCAGCGGUCUGCGGGGGCUGAUGAUAGCAGUGAUGAUGGCGGCUCUGAUGUCAUCGUUGACCUCCAUCUUCAACUCGUCCUCCACGCUCUUCACCAUGGACAUCUGGAAGAAGUACCGCGCCUACGCCUCGGAACGGGAGCUGCUAUUGGUCGGCAGGAUAGUAACAGUGAUUCUGGUGGUGAUAAGCGUGGUGUGGAUUCCAAUCCUGCAGUCGGCCAAUAGCGGACAGCUCUACGUUUACAUCCAAUCGGUGACCAGUUACCUGGCUCCACCCGUUACCGCUGUCUUCUCAUUGGCUAUCUUCUGGACCAGAACCAACGAGCAGGGAGCGUUCUGGGGUCUGAUGGUGGGCCUGGUGGUCGGCGUGUGUCGGAUGGUUCUAGAAUUUGCGUUCCCGCCUCCUCGUUGCGGUAUCAAAGACGACGCCCCGUCCGUCCUGCGCUCCGUUCACUACCUUCACUUCGCCAUCAUCCUCUGCUUCCUGUCUGCUGCCGUCGUCGUGGUGAUAUCACUGCUGACUCCGCCCCCCACCGAGGAGCAGGUGCGUAACCUGACGUGGUGGACUUUGACUGAGGAGGAAGAGGGAGAAAUACCGCUACAGAAAGUCUCCUCUAUCAGCCACCGAGAGCACAGACACCAGGUCCAGGGUGAGACGGACAGGCAGACAGACAGACAGACACCAGGUCCAGGGUUCUGCCUCGGUGCGGAGGGCGGUCUGCGGCAGCGGGGCGGGGCUCUGCAGCUCGGCGGAGGGACCAGCGGAGGACGUCCCAUUACCCAGACUCCCCAGCGUCAGAGAGAGUGUGUUCUGGUCUCGCUUCUGCUGCGUCAACGCCAUUCUGCUGAUCUGUGUCAAUGUUUUCCUCUACGCUUACUUCGCCUGACCUCUGAACUCUAACUGCCGUCCCAGCGGGCUACUUCCUGCGGGCGUUUCCGUCUCGACGUCAAAUCAAUGUUCUAAUCGUUCUGGAAUGUUACGGACCUGUGAUGUCACGUUGUGAUGUCACGUUGGGUCAUAUUUACUGUAAUAUAUAUAUAUAUGUGGACCUGUGAUUGGUCAAUAUUGUGUCCUUGUGUAAAUGAGAUUCAUGAAUAAACACGUCUUGUUAUCACA